GAUAAAUUCACAAAAAUGCAUAUUCAAGCAAAUUUUACAUUGACAAAUAAAGUCAAGCAAGCGCAAUCGACGUUCAAACUUUGUGGAUUUCUGUCGUCUGUCAUAGGCAGGAUUGUUUACAUUUCGAAGGGCGGUUAAAAUUAGUUUAUAAACAAAUCAUUCUUCUUCGCUGCGUACAGAGAGGGUUGUGUCCUUUGCGAUUUGGCGUCCUUUAUAAUUUUAGCAACAAGUGGUUUCGUUAUUUUGCAUCAGUGGUAUUAAUAGCAUCCCAGCUGCAAGAUGAAUAUGCUCGAAGCCAAUAUGCGUGUGGUAUCGGACAGCCUUAACAACACUGUCCGGUUGGCGGCGGAGUUUGGUGAUGAAUCAAUGAAAGAUUUGAAGCUGUACACCAACCUGGUAGAAAAACUGUGUAUAAUCGAUAGCAAAAUGGGGAAUCAUCGAAAAUCAUUAGCCGAAUCGCAAACGGAACAAACCGUGGAAGGCUUCGACCAUUCUUACGAAUCCAAGCUAAGCAACAAGAAACCGCAAGUACGGGAACACAAACGAUACAAGGACUUUGUACGGUAUGCCAAACCACUGCUAAAUCCAUCACUGGAGGAACAAUCAACCCAGGGCAACAAUGAUGACGAUGAUUUGGUAAUCGAGGAUGAUGGUAGCAAUUCCAUCGAUCCAAUUACGAAGCGUCCGAUGGAAGUUCCAGUUCGUAAUAAACAGUGUAAUCAUGUGUACGAAAAGAGCGCCAUCGAACAGCUGCUGGAGCAAAAUCCACGUGUUCGCUGUCCUGUAAUGGGUUGUCCUGCGAAACAAUACGUUCAGCGACAGUUACUUGAGGUCGAUAUCAAGCUGCAGAAGCAAUUGAUGCGAGCUCGUGCCGCUCUUUUGUAAAGCAACGAACGCAAAUGGUAUGAUACGAUGGAAAGAUCGUUUGUUAAUAAAUGUUAUCUCAUUGAUUUAAGCAAUUAACUUACUUAAGAAUCCUAUUUAGUGUCUAUGUAUUAAAUCUUUUGCAUAUAGCAUAAAACAUUUU